AUGCUAUCCGCAAUAGCAUCAGCCGUUCUAUUCACGGCUCUAGCACAAGCCAAUACCCAAAGGCACAACCUCACAAUUUUAAAGAAUGCACCAGAAAAAGCCUACCAUGUGCCAGCCGACUUCUUCAGCUUCGGCUUCGAAACCGCCUUCUUCCACCAAUUCGACACCGAACUAUCAGAAAACAUAAUCAACUCAAUCAGCUCUCGCAUGAGCAAGCCCUUAAUCAUCCGGAUUGGCGGCACAAGCGGUGACCUGGUGCGGGUCAACCAAACACAAGAAGAACCCGCUCGCUGCAUUAGCGGGCCUGAUUGUCCAUACUCAAGUGAAGAUGCGUUCACUAUUGGCCGAAGUUAUUUUGAUACCUUCAAGCGGUUCCAGAGUGCAACCAUGACCAUCCAGGCUCCUAUGUCCCCUGUGAAGCCUGACAGCAAGGACGAAGAUUGGAUUCCUAAUUCGAUGGAUUUUGUUCAACAAGCCUAUGAUGCUCUUGGAAAAGAGCGUUUGAAUGCUGUUGCUUUGGGCAAUGAGCCUGAUUACUACUCAUAUGGCGUAGAGCAGUAUGUUGAUCGGGCGCUGAAGAUUGAGAACCAUACCAUUGAACAAUUGGGCUUGGAAGGUGAAGAUAGACGUAUCUUCGAACUUGGUGAUAUUGGGUGGACGGUUAUCAAACAGCGCGAUGAGGAUGGGGAGGACUUUGGCUUACGAAAGAUCUUCCAAAAUGAGCUCAAUGCGAAUGGAUACGGCAAGUAUGCUGCACAGCAUUACUACCAGACCGACGAAGGGGGCAAGUAUGAUUCACAGGCACUGCAGGAUCGCCUCAUGAAUCACCAUGCCAUCACCGAACGCUUCCCCAAAAUGAGAAGAGGCAUUGAAUACAUCCACAAAGCCGACAGCAAGAUUGGAUUCGUGAUCUCCGAGCUCGGAUGCGCCUUAGGAGGUCCUCCAAUCAGCUUUGCCGGUGCAUUUGGAGCAGCUUUGUGGGCGGUCGACUUCCACUUGACAGCAAUGGCACGUGGCGUAAAACGUGUCUCCAACACCAUGCGCCCAGAGGCCACGCACUCGUUCUGGGUGCCCAAUGACAUGGGUUCAAUGACCAGCGGACCUUCGGUGCAGGGUGUUUUCCCUGCAGCAGCAUUUAUCACAGACUUUGUGGGCAAUGGUGACUCUCUCGGGAAAGUCAUUGAGAUUGAUGUACCUGGCACUCCGCAGUUCUUCAGUGCGUUUGCGAUGUAUCAUCUCCAAUCAGGGAAAUUGGCACGUGUUGCACUUGUCAACCUGAAGCAGUGGGAUCAUACCUCCCGGGAUGACCGGGGUAGUGCUGAGGUUAUCUUGAAUGUCGAUGGUGAUAUUGGGUCACUACAUGCUCGAAGAUUGCACGCCGAGAAGGGUACUUCGGCUGUGGGCUUUGAUCUUGGUGGUCACGACGACAAUGUUACUUGGGCUGGAGAGCAGUGGUCUCACACCGUUGAUGGGGGCAAGGGCCAUUUUGUUGACGGUAACAUGGUGCAGGAGAAAGUAAAUGUUGAGAAAGGUCACGCUACUGUCUCUGUACUUGACAGUGAGGCGAUCAUUGUGUAUUUUGAUCAGAGUGUUAGCCUUUUGGAUCUUUUUCAGUAA